AGAUUGAUUUAAGAAGGGCAAAUAACACUGAAAUUAUGCUGACAAAAAUCAAAAUGCCACUGCCUGAUAUUAUGAAUGCUGCGCUAGCAUUGGAUGACUCCAUUCUAGAUGGUGAUCAAGUUGAAAAUCUUAUCAAGUUUUGUCCAACCGAAGAAGAUGUGGAGCUUCUUAAGAACUACACUGGAGAUAAAGAAAGCCUUGGUAAAUGUGAGCAGUUCUUUCUGGAGUUGAUGAAGGUUCCUCGUGUAGAGGCCAAGUUAAAAGUGUUUUGUUUUAAGCUUCAGUUUAAUAAUCAGAGAGCAGAUAUUAGAAAGAGCUUAUACACUGUUGAUUCUGCAUGUGAAGAGAUUCGAAACUCAAACAAGCUAAAGGAAAUAAUGAAGAAAAUUCUCUCUCUCGGGAACACUCUCAAUCGAGGAACUGCAAGAGGCGCUGCUGUUGGUUUCCGAUUAGAUAGUCUUCUCAAACUAACAGAUACCCGUGCCACUAACAACAAAACAACUCUUAUGCAUUAUCUGUGUAAGGUCCUUGAUUCAAGGUCAUCGCAUCUAAUGGAUUUUCAUAAAGAUUUUAUCAGCCUGGAAGCAGCAUCGAAGAUACAACUAAAAGCUUUAGCUGAUGAGCAGCGAGGUGUUGUCAAAGGACUAGAGAAGCUUGAGACGGAGCUGAUUGCUUCAGAAAAUGAUGGGAUAGUAUCAGAGGUUUUUUGCAAGAGGUUGAAGGACUUUACUGUGGCUGCUGGUGCUGAAGUACGAUCACUAACAGCACUUUAUACUGCUGUGGAAAACAAUGCAGAUGGUCUUGCCCUUUAUUUUGGUGAAGAUCCUGCCGGUUGUCCCUUUGAACAAGUUAUCACCACCCUUCUGAAUUUUGUCCGAAUGUUUCGGCGCGCACAUGAAGAGAACUGUAAGCUAGCUGCACUUGAGAAGAAAAAUACCCUGAAAGAUGCCGACACAGAUGGGCCUAAAAGUGCAAAUUCUAUAAAUAAGCAUGGUAGGUGAUAGCGCUCUGCAAGCCUUGCAGGUGAUUUCAGUUCCCGCUUGGUCGGGAAAUCCAAGAUCGCCAUUUUUGGUUAGGACGGCAUGUAGAGAAAGCUGACCUACUUUUCUGACUUGAACAUGUAAAUAUAUUCCAUUGGGAGCUUCUGCAAUGGUAUUUUUGAGACCAAGGCUGAUCCCUCCUAGUUUGUGCAGAAUCCAUUAUCCACUAACCGGUGCACAAAUGUAACCCCAUAGUUGAUACGAUUCUUUUUUUUUUUUCUUUCUUUCUUUGCAAUUCUAUUUUUAGUUGCAAGUAGAAAUAGGUCAAAUGCUGUUGUAUUAUAGUUAUUUUGCAUUCAUUCCUGUAGUAUAUUGUAAUAGAGUACCCUUAAGCAGCUGGCUUUUAUAUCACGGCCUUUUUAUCU